CAGCUUUGGCAUCAAAUUCUUUAAUAAAUAAAUAAAUAAUUCGUCCCAAAUUCGAUUUUAUUUAUUUAUUUAUUUUUACAGCACAAAGAUGAGUGUUUUUAUUUAAUUUAUUUAUUUAAUUUUUAGCGAAUCUUCGUCAAAGCAGAAGAGCUUCACUGUAAAAGCUCUAAAACCAGCAUUUCCAUGGCGUCUGCAGCACCUCCUGUCUCCUUCUUCCCUCCCAAAUAAACCCUAAUUCUCAACGCGUGUAAUGUUUUCUGCAUAAUCGAAGCCAAUCGAAGCUAGAAAGAAGGUUUUCUCGUCGCAUUGAAGAAGAACAUUGUUGGUCACUCAAAAAAUUCUCAACCGUCCGUCGACACUGCAUCCUUCAGCUUUUCCCUUUCCAUCGAUUCCCGAUUUCCUUUUUGCUCCUCUCAAUCGCAAUCGGCCAUCCUCCUCAGCAGAUUCUUGUACCCAUCGCUUUCCCUCUCUUCUUUCCCCAAGCUAAGAAUCUCUUUUUUCCCCCUUCACAGAUUCCCCAAUUUUAAUUUUUUAGGGUUUCUCUGAAAACUUAGCUUUAUCAACGAUGCCGUUUGUUAUUCUUUCCUGCAUUCUCUUCUCCUUCUUCUCUCCUAGUCGUUUUCGCAGUUUUCGACCCCCUCCUUUGAAGCUGGGAAACCUCUCUUCUUUACAUACCUCUGGACUAUGUCUUCUUCGAACAUCAACCAUCUUUCUCAGCCUUGUAUUUAUGGGCAUGUUGUUUCAUCGCACGCCGAGAGGAAAUCGAGGUUUAUGAAAUGGCUGAGUAAGCUUUUCAAGAGCGGGACGAGCAGCAGGGGAAUUGGAACGAGGGGGCAGCAACCCCGUUCGUUUGGCGACGAGAACAUUGUUUAUCCUCCCGUUCGAUCCUUGGAUGAUCGCUCUCGAGCGAAGAAAGAUAAAGAGGAAUUAGAUCGUGCGAUCGCCUUGUCUCUGGCUGAAGAUUUGAAGAAACCAAAUGGGUACAGAUGGCGAACACAGAAUAACGACGAUCCCGCGCGGACGCUUCACGACGGCCCCAAUUCAACGUUACCCCCUCCAUACGCCCCCCCCUCCAAUUACUAUCCGCAGAGCUACAGAAUCUGCGGUGGAUGCAAACGCGAGAUUGGAUACGGGAAUUAUCUCGGGUGCAUGGGGAUGUAUUUCCAUCCGAGCUGUUUCCGUUGCCGUGCGUGCAGUUCUCCUAUAACCGAGCACGAGUUCUCUUUGUCAGGACGCGACACUUAUCACAAGUCGUGUUUCAAGGAGCUCACUCACCCGAAAUGCGAAGUCUGUCAUCAAUUCAUCCCGACUAACGGAGCGGGAUUGAUUGAGUACAGAUGCCACCCAUUUUGGUCCCAAAAGUAUUGCCCUUCGCACGAGCACGACAAUACGGCGAGGUGCUGUAGCUGUGAACGUUUGGAGUCGAGGAAUACUCGGUAUAUAUCGUUGGGAGACGGGCGAAGCAUAUGCUUGGAGUGCAUGGAGUCAGCGAUCAUCGACACCGGCGACUGCCAGCCAUUGUACCACGCGAUUCGGGACUAUUACGAAGGAAUGAAUAUGAGAAUCGAUCAGCAGAUUCCAAUGCUUCUCGUCGAAAGACAAGCCCUCAACGAAGCGAUCGAAGGGGAGAAACACGGCUUUCAUCACAUGCCCGAGACGAGAGGCCUAUGCCUCUCUGAAGAGCAGACAGUCACUAGCGUGCAGAAGAAACAAAAGAUGGAUCGACGCGGACUUGUCGGAAUUAGGACACAACCGCAGAAGCUUAUCCGAAGGUGCGAGGUUACAGCCAUCCUAGUACUGUACGGUCUCCCGAGGUUACUAACAGGAGCGAUCCUUGCGCACGAGUUGAUGCACGGAUGGCUGCGUCUCAAUGAUUAUCGUAAUCUCAGACCCGACGUUGAAGAAGGCAUCUGCCAAGUACUCUCCCACAUGUGGCUCGAAUCGGAGGUGAUCCCGAUAACGCGAAACACGACGACGCCGCCGCCAUUGUCGUCGACAUGGUCGUACACCGUCCCAGACAGCAUGCCGUCGACGUCGACGUCGGCAGCUUCGUCAUCGUCGUCGUCGAAGAAAGGCGGGAAAUCGAGCUCCGAGAACAAGCUUGGGGAGUUCUUCAUGCAUCAGAUCGCCCACGACGCUUCUCCGGCGUACGGCGGCGGGUACAGGGCGGCGAUGGCGGCGGUGAACAAAUUCGGGCUCCGUCCAACCCUGGACCACAUCCGAUUCACCGGAACUUUCCCCGAAUAAUCGGGUUUGGGUUCGGGUCUGGGUCGGGUCGAACUGGGUGUUGUAGAAUGGGAGAUGAUGGGUGGAUUGCUGUUGUUGGCCUUGGUGAAAUUAUGUUAGAGGAUACGUAGAGAGACAUACAUAUAACGUAAUACAUACAUAGAUAGAUACGCAUGGGAUUGGGACAGUGAAUUUAUUGUGUUGUCCAUUAAUAUUAAUUGUCCAAAUAUGGAAACCUUAAAAUUA